AUGAAACUGUUUCAUGUGUAUGCUAUUCUUUCUAUUGCAUGUUAUUCCGAUGGAUUCGUACCGGCAGCAAAGCAGCGCCCUUCAUCGCUUCGGGGAAUUAGACCAUUACAAGGUACUUCAUCGUUAGGGAGACUGAGCGGGUUGUUGGAGAGCAGAAACUCAGUACGACGGUCUCGCUGUGAUACACGCCUGUCAAGCUCCUCCGAGAAAACACGCAACGGUAGCAACAGUCAAGGCGGGUGGUUGUCUCUCUCGGAACGAACCAAAGGGCUGGCAGUCCUGUUGACCGUGCCCAUUGCAUGGGGGACCUAUGUGCCUGUGGUUCGAUAUCUCUACGAAAUUCAACCUGCUGUGCCUGGCUUUGUUUUUUCAGCGUGUUACUAUGCCGUUGCUUCCUUGACAACCUUGAGUAUUGUGGCAAUUCAACACAGUCGAUCCAAAAGAGGAAGCAAACAUAUUUCUCAAGAAGUCGAGUCAACAUCACCUGCAUCCUUGGAGGACGAGCAGCCAGCAUCGUCUUCUUUUUCUUCCUUUCCCAUUAUGGGCGGUCUGGAAUUGGGCUUGUAUUUGUUUGUUGCAAAUUGCCUCCAAGUGUUGGGCCUAAAGACCGUUCCGUCCGAUAGAGCUGGUUUCUUGGUGCAGCUGACAACUGUCAUGGUCCCUGUUCUGGAGGCCCUAUUAGCUGGCAAUCUACUGGCAGUCAAUGCCCGAACAUGGUUCUCCUGUCUCCUGGCUUUUACAGGAAUUAGUGUGAUGAAUUUAGAAGGAAUAAUAGGAGGGCAGGCAUCCAUUGCCUCCUUUUUGACUGCUUUUGGAAGCUUCACGAAAGGAGAUGUACUCAUAAUAUCUGCAGCAGUGUUGUACACACUACAUGUAGUACGGCUGGGUCGAUAUGCCAGAGAAACAACACCCUUGAAGCUGGCAGCCGCCAAAGCAACAGUGGAAACUGUGCUAAGUUCGGGACUGGUACUGGCAUUGAUGUCACUUGCAGGAUCAGCCACAAUGCCCUCCUUUGUGACUGAGACCGGGGCAGAGAUUGCAAACUUUUUCUCGACAAUCAGCAAGGGCAUAGUGGCCGGAACAGUCCCCAAGAGUGCCAUCAUUUCGGCCGUUGGGGCGACCUUGUGGACAGGGCUGGUAACCUGCGCCUACACGAUAUUCGCUCAAAGCUUUGGCCAGAAAAGAGUUGGGCCGACCGAUGCCAACCUUAUCUACUCUAUUCAGCCAAUCUGUACAGCUCUGUUUGCCUUUUUCUUGCUUGGUGAAACCAUGGGUCCUGCGGGAGUUGUGGGAGGUGCAUUCAUUGGUGCUGCUGUCUAUCUUGUCACCGGUGCUGACUCGUCUGAUCAAGAGGAAGAUAAAGACGUUGAUGAUGAUGACGAUGCAUACGAAGUACAACUAAGCCCCAAUGAUCUUGCAGCGGAGCAGCAACGAAACAGAACAGAAGUACUCAUUAGAAGGAGAUAA